AUGGCCUUCCUGGGAGAGAACCUGACGGAGGUGGCGUCGACGGCGGCGGCGGCGGCGGGGGCGGCGGGGGCGGCGGCGGCGGCCACUGGGGACGGCUCGCUGUGGGGCGGCAAGCUGACGGCGAUGCUGGGCCUCUGGCUGGGCUCGUUUCUGGCGGGGGUGCUGCCGCAGCUGCUGCGCGCCACGGUGGCGCCGCCCCCGCAGCUGCAGCCGGCCAAGGAGCUGGGCUUCUGCGCCCGCAACGAGGAGCUGCUCGUCUCGCUGCUGCUCUGCUUCGGCGGCGGCGUCCUGCUCUUCACCACCUUCAUACACCUGCAGCCAGAGGUGCGUGACAGCUUCAGGGACCUGGAGAGCUGCGGCUACCUGUGGGAGAGCCGCGAGGGCCUGCCGCUGGCGGAGCUGGUGUUCUGCGGCGGCUUCUUCACGGUGUACCUGGUGGAGGAGAUGGUGCACCUGCUGCUGGACAGUCGGCAGGACCGCAAGCGCCGGCGCCGCCACCAGCACCAGCAGAGCGCCGAGUGCUCGGCGCACGACAGCGGCGCCAUCGCAGACUUCGCCGCCGCCGCCGAGGACGACGAGGAGGAGGAGGCGGACGAGGCGGUGCUCACCCGCACCAUGAGCCUGCGCUGCUCGCGCCGCGGCGGCCGGCCCGCCCGCGCCGUGGCCGGCGCCGGCGACGGCACGGUGCCGCCCACGCCGGCGCCCGCGGCGCGCGAGCCGCCGUCGCCGCUGCCCGUGCCGCUGCAGCUGCAGCUGCCGCCCACCGCCGCCGCCAGCGCCACCGCAGGCAGCGGCAGCGGCAGCAACGUCUCCACCCAGGGGCUCAUCCGCACAGAGUCCGCCAUAGGUAUCACGGACAAGCAGUCGUCUCUGCUGGACGCGGGCGUGCGCGUCAACAGCGCGUUCCCGUUCGGGCCGCCGGCCGGCCUGGGGGCGGAGGGAGGCGGGUCGAUGCCGCCCCCGGGCGCCGCCCCCGGGGACGGGCUGCCCGGCACGCCGGGCCGGCGGCGCACCAACUCGUCGUGCUCGCUGCGCUGGCUCUUCACCAUCGUCGCCCUCUCCUUCCACGCCAUAUUCGAGGGCCUCGCCGUCGGCCUCGAGAAGGGGGCGGGCGACAUGUGGAUCCUGGUGUCGGCGGUGGCGAUGCACAAGCUGGUGAUCACGUUCUGCGUGGGCGUGAAGCUGGUGGCGGCGGAGACGCGCGGCCCGCUGGUGGUGCUGUACAUGGCGGUGUUCGCGGCGGUGACGCCGUUCGGCGUAGGGCUGGGGCUGCUGCUGGAGCAGCUGGGCCAGGGCAGCGUCAACACGCCGGCCGCCACCAUCCUGCAGGCCAUGGCGGGCGGCACGCUGCUCUACGUCGUCUUCUUCGAGGUGCUGCAGCGGGAGCGCUCCUCCGACAACGCCGGCAUCCUCCAGCUCGCCGCCAUCGCCUUCGGCUUCGCCCUCAUGCUGCUCAUCCAGUUCUGCACUUCGGGGGCGCACGCACAGCACGAACGCCCGUGCAACGUGACCAACCACACCCAUCACUGAACUCCGCUCUUCGCGACAUGGGAGGCGCGUCUCAGCAGCUGACGGUGGUGGCAGACCAGGGAGCUACCGAUCAGUGAACUUCGAAAGCAGUUCCUCUCGAGGACUCUACCAACUGCGGCCUCAUCAGUGAUCGACACAACCACCGCUGAGCCGUCACAUUGAGCACCGUGUGUCACCCGUCAUUACUCCUCCGAAGUAUAGUUGUGUUCUUUCCCUUUUUGGCGAAGUAUUCAGUGGUGUUGAAUCUGUACCGCGAAUGAAAAGCGUGUGCACCAAACUGGGGCCACAUCUGGACGGGUACCCUCCGUGGAUAGUGUUGCUCUAACCAAACCACCCCGAAGCGACUAACAGACUUAUUCCCAAUUGCGAUCUGUUCCCAGCCCUCUCUUUUCUUCGCAAAUGAAAUGAAAAAGUUAAGUGGCCCAUCUUGUAUGAGGAAACAAAAGUGGAUCCAAGAAUAAACCUUGUUGUAUGUUAUUUUUCUCCAGCCGCAAAGAUAUUGUUGCUGAAUUUUUUUGCUCUAGGGCUAGACCUCCUGACCCUAUAUGAGUGCACUGGACUUUCAUCCUCUUCAGAGCUGUUAAACGACCGAACUCCCGACUUUUUUCCUUACCUUUUUUUUCGUGGGGCCUUUUUUUUUAUUCCAUACUCUCGUAUAUUUGCUUCUAGAAGCUGAGCCGAAUCUCAAACGAGACAGAUUAAUGCGUAUUCAAUCUGUGAAUCUCUUCCUGAAACCUCUCUAGAUGGCUCAAUUGUAAGAGAACAUCCCACCAGAGUACGUUGUCCGGGUAUAGUCCUCAGUCGGGCGUACACACACACAUAAAACAAUGUAUUCCACAACUGUGGGGAAAUAUUGCGCAAAGUAAUGCGUGUAUCACAGAAAGUACUCCGUUGAGACUUGAAGCUACUUUCUGUAUGCCAACACCGACAAUGUCGAACUUAUGUUUAAAACUUGUUGCGUUCAUAAAUUUCAGUGUGUGCGUAUCGAGAACAAACGGACAGAAGCAUCCCCGUAGAACUGUGUGUGCACGCAUCAUGUUUUACGAAAAGAAUCCUCAUCACAAGGCGCCUGCCCGUAUAAGUUCCGCUUUAUCACGUAUGGACGUUUCAUUUCAAUUCAAACAAAGACGUUUCUUGCUGUUUGGGAAACUCCAUAAAAGUUGUCAGAGUAUAUAGCCUUUGAAAGAGACUUAAAUUGGAAGCAUCUUUCUUGCUUUGUUACAGGGUGAAAAAGAUAUAAUCAUUAUCAUUUUGCACCAUCCCAUACAAUAAAUGACACAUUGACAGUACGGUGAAAGGUGCGGUAUGACAAUAGUCAGUAAAAAGUGGUUCUCUUGAGGGAAGAAGUGGUAAGUGAACUUCAGUGCAAAAAGCUGUGACAUUUCUAUGACCAGAUGUGUCCCAUACUGGGAGAGAUUAGCCAUAUCGUCUUGCACAAAGUUCCAGCGCUGUGCUUGAUUUAAAUGAGAAGACAGUAUUUUGUGUUCAUCAUAAAAGGGACUUAGUGCAGAUUUCAAUUAUCUUGCGAGAGAAAUGAGCGCGGGCGCCAGUUUCUUUCUCGCAAAAGACUGAGUAGUACAACACAUCGCACAAACCGGACUCGUGUUUUAGAGCACACAUACGUCUCACGGAUGAUACGCACCCGAAGAGUGGAAGUGUUUGUCAGUGCUCCCCAGUGACAAUUGUUCCUACUGUAUAAAGGAAACGCUCAGUUUUGUAGUGCUUGUUACUACAGCCCACAAACAGACAUCUCAAGGAGCGAUUCGGCUGAAGUGCUGGCAGUAAUGCGACCGUCAGCUGACAGCGCAGAGAUGAUGUCUCUGGCCAUGGAGACAGAGGAAACUCGAUAUGCAACCCACACAGCAGCUGACAGUGUCUUACAUACAACCGAGAAACCAUGAUGCCUGGAAAUUCUACGUAGUUAUGACUAAGGACUGAAGCGUCAGUGAGUGAGAUGGGUCACAGUUGUAGCAUCCAGAGAAAUAGCGUGUCGUGGUCUAAGCGUAGCAAGUGCAAGACGCUCACAGAUCAAUCACUGUGAAACCAAUUUGCACCGAAUGUAUGGUGGUGGCGAAAGCAACAGACUGGUAAUUUUGUCCUUACAUUAUAGAUUUUUGUCCUAUUGUUCCACCGUCAUACACUUUGAUGUAUUAUUACUUAAUAAUUGUUCAGUUCCAUUAUCUACUUUCUUGCAAUUCGCAGAUCACAUGAUUUCUAGCUAGUAUGCAACUUUUAAUGACUUAAGUUUUUAAAUUAGCAUCGAUUUCAGACUUAUGAGUCGUCUAGAAUUAACACGGAGACAACGAAUGGUGUUUAUUAUGCCUCAAAUACCAUGUCUCGGCAACGCUGUUUCUUGUAUGACGGAGGACGCUACACGUUCAGUAACACUGUAUUGCUAUUCAGACCUGAGACACAUUAUUGCUCUUCAUUUCUGUUUGCUUAGCUGUAUACUCGGAGUUAAAUAGAUCUUGUGAAAUGUUAUAUUUUUUCAAAAGACGAAUGCGUUAUGUGUUAAACCAACCUAUAGAUAUAGUUCCAUUGCAAGUACGUAAUCUUAAUUAUCAAACAAUGGUUUCAAGAACGAAAAACUUUUCACGUUAAGGUGGCAUCUAUAUCAUUAGCUGUUGUCGGGAGUCAAGGAUCCACCUUUCUUUUGACUCAUCAUUGCGUAAAACUAUGUUACGUCAUGCAAACAGUAGAACAAAUAGCUGUGAAAUAGCAGUGUCAGUAGUAUUGAAAAAUACUUUAAGUUUAUACAUUUACUUAACCAAUAGCACUUGUGAAUUUUGAGCUCAGUGUCCUGUUAUUCGGACUGUAUUAUCGGCACCAGAAUCUGAAGCUCCUUGAGUGAGACAGAACUAAUAUUACUAACAUAUUUUAUGUUUUUCUGCUACGUUAAUAAUCAGAGAGCAGAAAGUGCUUCAUACUACGUUUACUCACAAUUAUGUUAAUAGAAACCUAUUUUAUCUAUUCUUUCAGAUAAAAAUUCGUACUUACUGUUAUCUGACUAUUCACUGUUUAAAUUAAGUACUUCGAUAAUUGGGUCUAGGUGGUCUCUAAACACUGUUUUUCUAGCCUCCUACCACCAAUUUCUUUUUCAAUUAAAUACUGAGGUAUUUAUUUCUACAUUGUUUCGAUCUCGACUACAUGCUCCUCCUCUGGGCUAUGUCAUUGUGAAAACUUGAUUAAAGACCAUUAGGACAUCGUAUACUGAAGAGUAGCUGUAUGAUUAUUGACAUCAAAUCGCCAUAAUCUUAAUUUGCUUGUAACGCAGCACGGCUCAAUCACAAAGAAAAUUGUUACGAAUAUGAAGAUGGUAUCUGUUCUUUCGGCCAUGCCGAAAGGACAGAUACCAUCUUCAUACAGAUAAGGCUUACUGGCCAAUGAUAUUCUUCAGUGCGGAUGCACUCACAUUGUCCGAACUGUUACUGGAAUCGGUAGAUUGACUGCCGCGAGUAAUGAGUAUAGUGAGCAGUGGCACUACACAUGCAGUGUGUGGGCAGAAAGUUGGAAGUGUGGGUCUCACGGCGAGCGUGCCAGAGAUAAGUCCCUGCCGUCGCACACUCCUUUGUUUCCUCGAUGGCUCAGUCGACUAGAGCGUCUGCCUCGUAAGCAGGAGAUCCGAGCUUCGAGUCCCGCUUGGGGCACACAUUUUCAACUGUCCCCGUUGAUAUUUAUCAACGACUGUAAGCAAUUAAAGGUCCGGAUUUCACUGUAAUUCCAGAAAAAUUGUUGGUUACCAGUUUCGAUUCAAGUAAUGGUCAUCUUCAAACCUUCGGACUACUACUGCAAAAAUUAUUUUGUCUGUGUGUGCAGUUAAUUGCGCAGUAUGCGUAGUUAGACUGGUUAAAGAGGUAUCAUUGUUUAUUACUAACCUCGCCGGCAAAUACUGCGAAAGAAAUUUUAUGCUGUUGGAGAUUUAACCUUUAACUUUUAAACGUACGUUCUCGUACUUCUGCUGAUAGAACGGCUACUGAUGGAAGAUUUUGGUCUGAAGCACCUCGCGCCUUGAUAGUUGAAAAUACCGUUGGUGCACACACCGAAUACUGUACUUGUUUUUAGCGCACUUUGACCCUCCGUAGUUGUUUUGGUUUGGUUUGUGGGAUUGAAGGGACCAGAUUGCUACGGUCAUCGGUCCCUCCUGCGUAGUUCCUCAGGAAACAUUUCCUUACAUGUUCUCUUGGAGGGGUGACAAACCGUAUCACUGUCCCGACGAAAGUGGGAAAAGGAAUAAAUGCUCAGAGGCGGCGAGGGAGAGCAGAGUCUGACGCCAUUUGGGGCAUACGUCAAUGAGGUGGGAAGGCAGCUUCCCUAAAGAACUUAUUGAUCCGGUCUAAGAGGCGGGACCACGGAGUGCUUUCUCGCAUGGGCUCGCAAACAUGGAGGAGGCGACACAAUGGCUGUCGGAACUGCUUUUAGCCUUUACCGCCUCCACCCGGUUCGGGCUCGCCUCCGCCGCAAGCAUUUCUAGCGAAGAGAAAAAUAUUCUGCACCCGCUUUUCCGUGGAAACAAUCUCGCACACAUUCGUCGCUACGUCCUUAGAGAGAUCGACAGUCUUUCGAUUCUUGCUCACAUACUCACUAUGAAUUCCUACGAGCUAUGUGUGGUAUCUGAUUGUUCGAUUUUGAAAGUCAUUUGGAAACAGCCAAAGGAACAUUCGUACUGCAUUUUUUCUGACAGUUUAAUCAGAAGUCAGACGAACGACGCGAACUAUGGUCAAGGCCUCUCAUGCGGAUUCAAAUCGCCUUUGAGCUAUCCAGAUUUACGUUUUUCAAACUCAAUACAGAUAAUGGCCAGAGUAGGAAGGUCACCACCGAUUCGCAAGUUAACACUUCCGUGAUCUGAUCUUCGUUUCCGACUCGUCGAUGGGACUUUAGAAUCUAUAGACGUGACUAAAUUAUUAAAAUUAAGUUGGAUUUUCAUAAUUUAUUGACGUGCCUAUGUGUUACAUGGACAGUUGAUUAAAACUUAUUUUCCAAUACUCUGUAUACCCUCUUCAGACUGAAUGAGUGACCGGAUGCGUCUUAACAUCCCAUUUAUUAGGGUUUAGCAUGUAUUUUUGACCUCACAAUCCUCAAACCAGAUUUGACUGACCUUAGAAAUAAGCAGAUCACUUAUUAUUUUGGUGUGUUUCAUCUUUUUCUUGACCACAGCCAACAGCCCAUAAAUUUCAUUAGCGUCUUUGCGCCUUCAUCUAUUUAUAGGACAAUCAGCUACCUCUAUCUCUUUAAAGCCAGUACCACCAUUAGACUGUUGGUUACUUACAGUGUUACAUUUUCACUUACACAAUCACGAUUUCGGCUUCAAAGUGCCUUUGUCAAGUGCUGAUAACGGCACUUUGAAGCCGAAAUCAUGAUUGUGUAAGUAUAAUUAUAAACAACAGUCUAAUGGCAAUACUGACUUUAAAGAAAUAUAUUAUGACUGUGGCCCCGCAGUAUGAAAAAAUUAUUAAACCAACUCUGUGCCGUUCUGGUACAAAAAAAAGGAAAUCCAGAGUUCUUUUUCCCCAUGGAAAGAAGCACUAUUUUUUUCUGAGUCAUCAGUUUUCUGAUUGGUUUGAUGCGGCCCGCCACGAAUUCCUCUGUCCAACUUCUACAUGUCAGAGUAGCACAUGCAACCUACGUCCUCAUUUAUUUACUGCAUUAAUUCCAAUCUCUGUUUUCCUCUACAGGUUUUGCCUUCUACAGCUCCCUCUAGUACUAUGCAAGUCAUUCCCUGAGGUCUCAACAUAGGUUCUAUCAUCCUGUCCCUUCGCCUUGUCAGUGUUUUCCAAAUAUUCCUUUCCUCCCCUCAUUCCUUACCUUACCAGUCCACCUAAUUUUCAACAUUCGUCUGCAGCACCACAUCUCAAAUGCUUCGAUUCUCUUCUGUUCCGAUUUUCUCACACUCCACAUUUCACUACCACAUAAUGCUGUAGUCUCAGAAAUUUCUUCCCCACGUUAAGGUCUAUGUUUGAUAGUACUAUACUUCUCUUGGCCAGUGAUUCCCUUUUCGCCAGUGCUAGUCUACUUUUGAUGUCCUCCUUGCUCCGUGGUUAUUAUACUGCGUAGGUAGUAUAAUUCCUCAACUUCAUCUACUUCGUGACCAUCAAUCCUGACGCUGAGUUUUUCGCUUUUCUCAUUUCUGCUCCUUCUCAUUACUUUCGUCCUUCUUCGUUUUACUCACAGUCCAUUGGAUUGUUCAUCCCAUUCAUCAUAUCACGUAAUUCGUCAUCACUUUCACUCACGAUAGCAAAGUCAUCAGCGGCUCAUAUUAUUGAUAUCCUUUCACCUUGAAUUUUAAUCCGACUCCUGAACUUUUCUUUUAUUUCCAUCGUUGCUUCUUUGGUAUACAGAUUGAACAGUAGGAGUGAAAGACUACAUCCCUGUCUUAAAUCCUUUUCAAAUCCAGCACUUCGUUCUUGGUCGGCCACUCUUAUUCUUCCCUUUUGGCUCUGGUACAUCUUGUAUGUUAUCCGUCUCCUCCUAUGGCUUACCUUUGUUUUUUUCAAAAUUUCGAACACCUUGCACCAUUUUACAUUGUCGAACGCUUUUUCCAGGUCGACAAAUCCGUGUCUUGAUUUUUCUCUCAGCUUGCUUCCAAUAUCAACCGCAACGUCAGAACUGCCUCUCUGGUGCCUUUACAAAGCCUAAAGCCAAACUGAUCGUCACCUAACACAUCCUCAUUUUUCUUUUCCAUUCUUCCGUAUAUUAUCCUUGUCAGCAACUUAGAUCCAUGAGUUGUUAAGCUGAUUGAACGAUAAUUCUCGCACUUGUCAGCUCUUGCAGUCUUCAGAAUUGUGUGGAUGACAUUUUUCAGAAAGUCAGAUGGUAUGUCGCCAAACUCAUACGUUCUACACACCAACGUGAACAGUCGUUUUCUUGCCACUCCCCCCAUUGAUUUUAGAAAUUCUGAUGGAAUGUUAUCUGUCCCUUCUGCAUCAUUUGAUCUGAAGUCCUCUUUGAAAUUCUGAUCCUAAUACUGACUCUCCCAUCCCUUCUAAAUCGAUUCCUGUUACUUCUUCCAUCACAUCAGACAAAGCUUCCCUCUCAUAGAGGCUUUCAAUGUACUCUUUCCACUAUCCGCUGUCUCCUCUGCAUUUAACAGUGGCAUUCCCGUUGCACUCUUAAUGUUACUACCUUUGCUUUUAAUUUGACUGAAGAUCGUUUUGACGUCCCCACCCAGCAUAAAAAUGCCGUCCUAUCCCCCAUACCACGGGUCCGUUUGGAGCAUCAGUAUUGCUUUUAGCAGUUUUGAGUGCUGAUCGUCUCUCAUAGUCCCCGCCAAAAUGUACAUUUCCGUCACAACCAUGCCAUGAUUUAACAUUCCACACCAUAAUAGCACGGGUGUUUCAGGGUUUGCUGUAUGCUGCAGCCAUCGAAUCACUGUCGCAACAUUCGUCUCAUAUUUUGGUUGGUCUCUCCCGCACCUGAACAGGUACUUUCAUCGCUGAAGCACACCUAAUGAACGAAAGAAAGCGUGCACUAAUAUCCGGCGCAUUGCAGUGUUGCCAAACACAAAAUAUUUUAAAAGCUUUAUAUUUGUGCGGAGUACAGAGCCCCAGAGUGCUUUGAGAAUGAAAACGUGGUGCAAGUACGCUAUAUUCUUCUUGUCAUCUGUGCGAUCGGCUAAUUUCGAACUUCGACCAUUUUAAUUCGCGUAUCUUAAGCUACGUUGUGAUACAUUGCUGGAACAUGUGGACAGGAAUACAGCUGCUAGUGUUAGCUAAUAAGCGUUACCGUGUACAAUAUGGAAUUGUUUUUGGGCGACAAACGCACAGAAGCAAGACGUAUUCUGUCCACAUGUACCAGCCAUAUAUUAUAGUGUAAAAUGAAGCUGGAAACUUCAAAUACGUGCUUAAAAAUGGUCAAGGUUGAAGCUGGCCUAUCGCACAGAUAGGAAUUGACCGUAUUUUCAUUUUCAUUCAUAUCAGAUACCAAUAUGACCAUACGAAUCAGUCAACCAGUAAACUGCUUAAAAACAUUGUCAUUUUAAGCAUCUUUUAGCUUAAAUUUAAAUUUGUUAUAAUAAUUUUGCGACGUCUGUAGUAUUCCACCGGUAUUGUGGACAAAAUCGUCUGUUGGGAGAGCAUUCCAUCUGACCACUAAAAUUACACAGGUAAUGAACUCACCCUGAAGUGUACAAGGUUUCACUAUCAACUACGAGAACACUAGCGGAAGUUGUUCGUGAACUGCCAUCAGCAUCUCAUACUUCAGAUGCCGCAAACACAGUCUCCAUACUGAAGAGUCUGCACCCGCUGGUGGCUUAGUUGGAGCUGCAUUGAUCAAAAAGAAAAAGUAACUGCAAAAUUGAAUAGCCAUACACUCGAAAACGAAAAGUUACAUAUAGAACUUCGAAUUAUUGAUUGCUUUUGUCUUUUAGUCUGUCAGUACAUCGCAAUUUCGUUGGGUGAAACAGAGCCUCAUAACCAACAAAUCAAAUAACAUAUUCGCACUAUAAAGGCGUUAUUCCCGUGCUGUGUAACAAGUGUGUUUCUCAUUUCCGUCUAGUUAUGACUUCGUUGUUUCCAGAAACUUGAGAGCGUACAACAGAGUGCGAGUGUGUGCUUUUACUUCUCCGAUUACGUAGAAAAUUUUAGUACGCUUGUUUCUAAACUCUGCGCUCUGUAGCACUAUUUUCCAAGGAAAAAAAAAAGAAAAAAGGAACGCUUACUGGCCAACAGCGCAUCCUUAGAGCACUGACAACACGGAAGAGAGGAGAUUUCCGGUGCCAGCGAAAAGACUGUACCAGUUUACUUAGACUGCAAGCUAAUGCGAACAAUCUAAAUACAGUAGUUGGUGUUGUUAAGCUAAUACACGAGGUGAAAGGCGUUCAAUUCUAAACCCGGUGACAGCGCUAACGGAACGCCAGCCCGAUUGGGCCGUGCCCCGUUCGCGUUCGCGAAUAUCCAGGGAAAGAUUUUGUAAACGUUACUGUCCUCCUUCUGUCUCUCUCUCUCUCUCUCUCUCUCUCUCUCUCUCUCUCUCUCUCUGUCUCUGUUUCUCUCUGUCGAUCUGUAAUGAUAAUAAUUACUGUUAUUAAUAUUAUUAUUAUGAUUAACAACUGUUAACAAAAGAAAGUGUCUUCUUACCUGCACAAAAAAAUACAACAUAGUUGGGAUUUAGACAAGCACAGAGUUACCUGUAGUAUCGUGCUUACUACUAGUUAAACUUGACACCUGGCAAUAUUUUUAUAUGACUGUUGUAGAAAUAAUUUUCUAUUUACAUUGCUCUGUAUGUAUGUUAUAUAAAGUUUAAGAAUAAUGAUAAAGUAUAAAUUUUGUAGUAUUCCACAUGUAUCACCAAUAACCCAUUUCGAAUGUAUUGUCCAAAAUGAAAGCAACAUUGUUUAAAAAAAAGUAAUUUUAGUAAUUAGAUCUUUAGAGUCCUCGAUUACUUUGACUGAGAAACGAUAAUCUCCAUUAAAACAGAGAUGAAAUGUUGUAAUUCUGCAUAGAUUCUGUAUGAUUCAAUGAGAAGUCUGAAGAUAAAUCUCGAUAUUUCUCUGAUGGUUGGGGAAAAUUAUUUAUUUAUUCUAAUAUAAUCUAUAGGAGCAAAGGUAAUGGGUAAAUUUUCAAUUCUUAUCACGGAAGACGAACAUUAUCUCCAAUUGCUAAA